AGACACCAGGACUGACGAGGAAGAAAGGAGCAGCUUCUUCUCUCCCAGUGUUUCCUCCACACAUGAAGGUAGAAAGUGUCUGUAAGUCGACCUGAAGUGAGUUCAGCAGGUGUGGGCUCUGCUAUGGAUCAGUGUGAGGACAGAGAGGAGGGAGUCCCUCCCUCUAAAAGCACUCUGUGUGGGGAACAUGACACAAGGACCAAAGCUCAGAGGAGGAAAAAACCUGAACCCAGCUGUGUGUCCAUGAAGAGUGACCGAUCUAUGGAUCAUCCUAUAGAGUUCAAAGAUGGCCGCCACUCUGUUGAUCAAAGGAGGAAAAAACCUGAACCCAGCUGUGUGUCCAUGAAGAGUGAUCGUUCUAUGGGUCGUCGUAUAGAGUUCAAAGAUGGCCGCCACUCUGUUGAUCAAAGAGUGGACCAGGAGAGCUCAGAGGUUCCCAGUGGUCAGUCUGCCCAGCAGCAUCAAACACACCUGGACUCCAUAUUUAUGCUGCUGGAGGAGAACAUUGUCACUUUUGUGAAGAACGAGCUGAAGAAGAUCCAGAAGGUUCUGAGUCCAGAUUACCCAGAAUGCUCAGAGAGUCAGAGGGAGGAUGAGGAGGUGUUGGAUGGUGAGGAUGAAGAGCAGAGGAGGAGCAGCAGAGAGGCAUUUCUGAAGAUCACAGUGCACUUCCUGAGGAGAAUGAAGCAGGAGGAGCUGGUUGACUGUCUACAGAGCAGAACUUUUGCUCCAGCGUGCCGACGUGAACUUAAAUCUAAGCUGAAGAAGAAGUUCCAGUGUGUGUUUGAGGGGAUUGCUAAAGCAGGAAACCCAACCCUUCUGAACCAGAUCUACACAGAGCUCUACAUCACAGAGGGAGGGACUGCAGAGGUCAAUGAUGAACAUGAGGUCAGACAGAUUGAAACAGCAUCCAGGAAACCAGACAGACCAGAAACAACAAUCAGACAAGAAGACAUCUUUAAAGCCUCACCUGGAAGAGAUGAACCAAUCAGAACAGUGAUGACAAAGGGAGUGGCUGGCAUUGGGAAAACAGUCUUAACACAGAAGUUCACUCUGGACUGGGCUGAAGGCAAAGCCAACAAGGACAUACAGUUCACAUUUCCAUUCACCUUCAGAGAGCUGAAUGUGCUGAAAGAGAAAAAGUACAGCUUGGUGGAACUUGUUCAUCACUUCUUUACUGAAACCAAAGAAGCAGGAAUCUGCAGGUUUGAAGAGUUCCAGGUUGUGUUCAUCUUUGACGGUCUGGAUGAGUGUCGACUUCCUCUGGACUUCCACAACACUGAGAUCCUGACUGAUGUUACAGAGUCCACCUCAGUGGAUGUGCUGCUGACAAACCUCAUCAGGGGGAAACUGCUUCCCUCUGCUCGCCUCUGGAUAACCACACGACCUGCAGCAGCCAAUCAGAUCCCUCCUGGGUGUGUUGACAUUGUGACAGAGGUCAGAGGGUUCACUGACCCACAGAAGGAGGACUACUUCAGGAAGAGGUUCAGAGAUCAGGAGCAGGCCAGUAGAAUCAUCUCCCACAUCAAAACAUCACGAAGCGUCCACAUCAUGUGCCACAUCCCAGUCUUCUGCUGGAUCACUGCUACAGUUCUGGAGGAUGUGUUGAAGACCAGAGAGGGAGGAGAGCUGCCCAAGACCCUGACUGAGAUGUUCAUCCACUUCUUGGUGGUUCAGUCUAAAUUGAAGACCAUCAAGUAUGACGGAGGAGCUGAGACAGAUCCACACUGGAGUCCAGAGAGCAGGAAGAUGAUUGAGUCUCUGGGAAAACUGGCUUUUGAGCAGCUGCAGAAAGGCAACCUGAUCUUCUAUGAAUCAGACCUGACAGAGUGUGGCAUCGAUAUCAGAGCAGCCUCAGUGUACUCAGGAGUGUUCACACAGAUCUUUAAAGAGGAGAAAGGACUGUACCAGGACAAGGUCUUCUGCUUCGUCCAUCUGAGUGUGCAGGAGUUUCUGGCUGCUCUUCAUGUCCAUCUGACAUUCAUCAACUCUGGAGUCAAUCUGCUGGCAGAACAACAAACAACACCCUGGUGGUUUAAAUUAAUUAAAGACAAAGAGAAUCUAAAACAUCUCCACCAGACUGCUGUGGACAAGGCCUUAGAGAGUCAACAAGGACAUCUGGACUUGUUCCUCCGCUUCCUCUUGGGUCUUUCACUGCUGACCAAUCAGAAUCUCCUACGAGGUCUGCUGACACAGACAGGAAGUAGCUCACAGACCAAUCAGCAAACAGUCCAGUACAUCACGAAGAUGAUCAGUGAGAAUCUCUCUGCAGAGAGAAGCAUCAAUCUGUUCCACUGUCUGAAUGAACUGAAUGAUCGUUCUCUAGUGGAUCAGAUCCAACAGUCCCUGAGUUCAGGACGACUCUCCAAAAAUAAACUGUCUCCUGCUCAGUGGUCAGCUCUGGUCUUCAUCUUACUGUCAUCAGAAAAAGAUCUGGACGUGUUUGACCUGAAGAAAUACUCUGCUUCAGAGAAGGCUCUUCUGAGGCUGCUGCCAGUGGUCAAAGCCUCCAACAAAGCUCUACUGAGUGGCUGUAACCUCUCAGAGAGAAGCUGUGAAGCUCUGUCCUCAGUUCUCAGCUCCCAGUCCUCUAGUCUGAGAGAGCUGGACCUGAGUAACAACAACCUGCAGGAUUCAGGACUGAAGCUGCUUUCUGUUGGACUGAAGAGUCCACACUGUAAACUCGAAACUCUCAGGCUGUCAGGCUGUCUGAUCACAGAGGAAGGUUGUGCUUCUCUGUCCUCAGUUCUCAGCUCCCAGUCCUCUGGUCUGAGAGAGCUGGACCUGAGUGACAACAACCUGCAGGAUUCAGGACUGAAGCUGCUUUCUGUUGGACUGAAGAGUCCACACUGUAAACUGGAAACUCUCAGACUGAGUGGCUGUAACCUCUCAGAGAGAAGCUGUGAAGCUCUGUCCUCAGUUCUCAGCUCCCAGUCCUCUAGUCUGAGAGAGCUGGACCUGAGUAACAACAACCUGCAGGAUUCAGGACUGAAGCUUCUUUCUUUUGGACUGGAGAGUCCACACUGUAAACUGGAAACUCUCAGGCUAUCAGGCUGUCUGAUCACAGAGGAAGGUUGUGCUUCUCUGGUCUCAGCUCUGAGCUCCAACCCCUCCCAUCUGAGAGAGCUGGACCUGAGUUACAAUCAUCCAGGAGACUCAGCAACAAAGCUGUCUGCUGCACUGGAGGAUCCACACUGGAGACUGGACACUCUCAGACUGAGUGGCUGUAACCUCUCAGAGAGAAGCUGUGAAGCUCUGUCCUCAGUUCUCAGCUCCCAGUCCUCUAGUCUGAGAGAGCUGGACCUGAGUAACAACAACCUGCAGGAUUCAGGACUGAAGCUGCUUUCUGUUGGACUGAAGAGUCCACACUGUAAACUGGAAACUCUCAGGCUGUCAGGCUGUCUGAUCACAGAGGAAGGUUGUGCUUCUCUGGUCUCAGCUCUGAGCUCCAACCCCUCCCAUCUGAGAGAGCUGGACCUGAGUAACAACAACCUGCAGGAUUCAGGACUGAAGCUGCUUUCUGAGGGACUGAAGAGUCCACACUGUAAACUGGAAACUCUCAGGCUGUCAGGCUGUCUGAUCACAGAGGAAGGUUGUGCUUCUCUGGUCUCAGCUCUGAGCUCCAACCCCUCCCAUCUGAGAGAGCUGGACCUGAGUUACAAUCAUCCAGGAGACUCAGUAACAAAGCUGUCUGCUGCACUGGAGGAUCCACACUGGAGACUGGACACUCUCAGGGUGGAGCCUGCUGGAGUCCGAUGGUUGAGACCAGGUCUGAGGAAGUAUUCCUGUGAACUCACAGUCGACACAAACACAGUGAGCAGAAACAUCAAACUGUCUGACAACAACAGGAAGAUGAUUCAUGUGAAGGAGGUUCAGUUAUAUCCUGAUCAUCCAGACAGAUUUGACUUCUGGCGUCAGCUGCUGUGUAGAAAUGGUCUGACUGGUCGCUGUUACUGGGAGGUCGAGUGGAGAGGAAGAGUUUAUAUAUCAGUGAGUUACAGAGGAAUCAGCAGGAGAGGAAACAGUGAAGACUGUGUGUUUGGAUACAAUGAUCAGUCCUGGAGUCUGUUCUGCUCUGAUGAUGGUUACUAUGUCUAUCACAAUAACAUAAAAACAUCCAUCUCCUCCUCCUCCUCCUCCUCUGGUAGAGUAGCAGUGUAUGUGGACUGUCCUGCUGGCACUCUGUCCUUCUACACAGUCUCCUCUGACACACUGAUCCACCUCCACACCUUCAACACCACAUUCACUGAACCUCUUUAUCCUGGGUUCGGGUUCGGGUUCUGGUCUGGUUCCUCAGUGUCUCUGUGUCCUCUGUAGGAGGGAGAGAGAAACUUUCUCACUGCUGACCAGAUAGUUCAGUCUGUACAGGAUCACACACAGCUGAUGUUAGUUAGUACCAACCUGAUGUGUUUACUGUAAUAGAGGAGGAAGAGGAGGCUGAAGGAAGAGAAGAGCAAAGGAUGCUGGGAUGAAGGGAUCAUGUGUGAGGGUAAUGUGCAGCCUGCAGACGUAGAGAUGAAAGAAAUGAUAGAAAGAAUUGAUCUUCUUCUAUAACUCUGAGAAAAAUGAACAUUUUUAGGAUCAAAUGUGGCUGCUUGUUUUUCAAAUCUUCUUUUUGAAAGCACAGUUAGAGGGAAAGUGUUUUUAUGACUCAAAUAUUAAAGUGUGAACAAAUAUUCAACUUUGAGUCUAAAACUGAACUUUGUUGCCUUAAAACUUUUGUUUCUGUGAAGAACAAAUGCUAAUGUUAGCUUGUCAGCAGCUGCAGGUGUUUGCCCUCGCUCCCCGACUAACGUUACUACCGUUACUAACGUUACCGACCCGCCGCUACCAAACAAAGACACAUACUCUCCACUAGAGCCGCUGACUGCUCGCUCAACGUCCCAAACAGAGAAGAUCACAACAAUAGCAUUUCUUCAUAAACCACCCUUGUUCGUCUUCAUACAAUAUGUUGGGAAGUUGCAGUAAAUAUCAAUACAAUAUGUUCUAUAUCCCUUUGUGUUGUGUCUCUCCUUCGUCUGUUAAGAUAACUGAACAUGUUGUGAGUCUCGAGGCAUUGUCAGCCUUUAUAUCUCAUUUGUAAAUGCUUAAUAAGCCAUAGAUAGUGCUCACUUUAGAUCAGCUCGUGCAAAAUACUUAAUUAAGGAGUAGUAAGUGCUUUGUAACUGUGAAUUCCUGCAUUAAUCACUGUUUAUAGGCCAUCAUUAGAAAAUGAAUUUGUUGUGAGUUUUAUAGAACAUCUGCUAACACAGUCACUAAUCAUUAAUACAUGUCUGAAUAGUGGAUGUGCAAGUGCAUGCAGAAAUGUACAGUACAAUGGAGAGUAAAACAUUUAUAACUGUGAUUAUAAACCACAUAGUAAUGACUAUUUACAGCAGAAUCAUGCUUUAUAAAUGAUGGAUUCAGUAUUUACUAAUCCAUAACUAAUGUGCUUAUCAAUGAUGAAUAAAACAUGUAUAACUGUGUUUAUAAACUACA